CUAAACAACUCUGCCCUUUUACCAGUUGAGCGCCUGUCCGAAGAAGGAAUGAAUGCGGCACCGUUCACGUGACCUUCCGAGUAACGCGUGUGGGGAGUUUAUCUCACUUGCCCUGUCGCACCCGCAAAACUCGAACAGGCUGCUCACCCCACACCCAGCGCCCGCAUAGAGGCCUAUCUGCUUAUCAGCAACCACGGCGCCUUGGAAACGGCAAAGGUACAUCAUUCGCAAGGCCAGCACCAGCCGGGGGCCCCUCACUCCAGCUCUUUUGUCAUGUACACCGACUCCCGCCGUCCCCGUGGCAGCGGCCCCCACCGACGAGGCGGCCGAGCCCCGCGCACCACCAUCGACAAGGAGUUUCUAAUCUUCGGCUACGGCUGCCGCCUGUUCCGCGAUGACGCGCUCGCGGGCAGCAUCGAGCGCGGCGAUAUGCUGCAGGCGUGGCGCGGGACGGUUGGGGAGGGGAGGGUGAUGAUUGAUAGGUAUGAUGUACGAAAUCUGCUCGAUGAUCUAUCAUCGUUUCCAGACGACGACCUUGACAUCACGGGCCAGUUCCAAAGUCCUCGGGAACCGAGUCCUCCCAUCGUCAUCGAGGUUCAUGAUGACAGUGAUGACGAAAACACAGACACCGUCGAUCCCCAGACCGGCACCGACAAGGAGCUAGAUCACGAGCGAUACCAAGACCUCGACUCCGAGGAAGAAACCCUCUUCGACAUGUCCGAAGACGAGCGUGACCUCUACGUGCAAAACAAACGCCGAAUGCGCCGUAUGGAAGCCGAUGGGAAACGAUGGGCGCAUCGAUACGGGUCCUCCUCCCCCUCCUCCGAAGAAGGCGUAGGCUACGAAAAACCCCACCCUGAUACCCACCCACCCGAGGAAGACACCGUCCAACCCUCCGACCUCCCCUACCCACCACUCGCAGGCAUGCGCGCCCCCUCAACACUACGACUCGCGUCGAUCAUCGAGAAGACGGCGAAAUUCAUCGCGGAGAGCACCAACCCGCAAACGGAGUUUAUGGUGAAAGCGAAGCAGGCGAGCAAUCCCGAAUUUGAUUUUUUGCAAGUGGGGCAUGAGCUAAACGCGUAUUAUGUGCAUGUGAGGGGGGUUAUGAAGAGUGGGCUCGUGGGGCUGUUUGCUGGGUAUGGGAGUGGGAGUGGGAGCGAAAGCGAAGGUGGCGAGGAGGAUGUGGCGACGGCGCCCGAUCCCAUCAUACCGGCAGGAGAGGGGCCGGCUAAGGGGUUAGUGCCCACUGGGGAAGUGGGAGAUACCGCUCAUACCACCGCCACACUAAAAUCCUUCCCCACCCCCGCCGCGCCUGAACCACCACCGCCGACACCAAUCGACCCAACUUCACCACCCCCCGACCUGCAAACAGUGAUCCAAAAGCUCGCCACCUUCGUCGCCCGCGCCGGCCCGGACCUCGAACAAAAAGUCAAAGCCAAACACCGCGGCGACCCGCGGUUCGCGUUCCUGGUGCCUUGGAACCCGUGGCAUGCAUAUUAUGUUGCUGUGAGGGAUCAGGCGAGGGAUAGGGUUGCCGGGAAUACGGUUGAUGGUGGUGGGGCUGGGGAGAUUGGGGGUGGAGUGGGGGCUGCCGCGGUUCUUGGACCACCUGCUGAGACCGCGGAUACGUCGGUGACGAUACAAAUGGCGGACACCGACGCGGGAUCGACCGACGAAGAGCGGAAGGCGGCGAAACGUGCGCAGGCGAGGGCGGCGCUGGAUAAAGUCCGCGGGCUGAAAUUGCAGGGACGCAAAGGCCCUCCUCCGGAGGCGAGAGCUCAACUCAAAUCGCCAGGAGGGGAAGUAAAAGGUGUAUCUUUGUCGUCGGACGCUGGAGGGGAUGUGAGGGGGGCGAGUGGGGGUGAGGACUAUGCUGUUGAGGCGGGGACUGAGAUACGGAUGAAGAGCAGCAAGCCCGACCAGAGUCGCAGUCCUCGCCGCAUGCGUGAUCGGAGUCAAAGUCCCACCCCAACCGAGAGUUCGAAACCGCGGAAAUCUCGUCACCAUACCCGGAGCCCCAACCCCACACAAUCCUCAAGACCACCCAAAUCCCGCCACCGUACCCGAAGCCCCACCCCGACCCAACGCUCGAACUCAAACUCACGCAGAUCCCGUCACCCUAACCGGAACCCCAGCCGCGACUCUCGCACAUCCCGCCACCAUCACCACACUCGGAGUCCCAGCCCAACUCGCCCCGCCAAACGACGACGCCGCAGUCGCAGUCGCAGCCGUAGUCGUGAUGCAACUACCACGGACCGUACCCGGCACCGUCACCGUCACCGUCAUGCAUCUGACCAUGGUCGGCACCACCGCGACAAAAGACGGCGCAGCAGGUCUAGAUCUUCAUCGUCGUCCGCGGCCAAAGACCGGCGACGCUCACAAUCACGAUCGCGGUCAAGACGGCAUGCAUGAUGCCCACGCGGCGGCCACGCGAACACCGAACGGCGGGGGGAGGAGUGAGGAAGCGGCGAGAACGGCGUGGUGAAGAGCGAGGGUGGGGUUCGGCGUAUUCACGGCAGGGCGGGAGACGGAGGAUGGGUUGGGAUAUGACUUUUUAGGUAUUUGUAAAUGCAAUGGGAUGGAAUGGAAAUGUAGACUGGAACGAUGAUUGUUUAGGUCUUGCGUUGUGAGGAAAAGGGCCGUCACACCAACUCCUGGUGUGGGAUGUCUUCUGGUUGAAAGGGUCUCCACACCACCCCGUCGAGUGUGAAGUCGAAGUCCACAUGAAGAAGAACGGGCUGUUUAAACCGCAUUGCUCCCACGUGACCGCACCCUCCAUUUAUAUUCUGGCCUCUUCUCUUCCAACGAAACCC